UACAGUGCUGUCAAGCUUCAUAAAGUUGCUCGGUUCUGCGCGUCAAAAUUGGGCACAUAGGAUAAUUUUUAAUAGUUUAUUGCUAAAUUGCUUGGCCGAGCUAAUGAGUACAGCUCUUGAAGGUGAGAAGAUUUUUGGGAAAGAAGAUUAAACCAUUCUUAUACAUGGUUGUUUAAGUGCGGCAAAUAAGAUGUCACAUUCUGAUGGAAAUGAAGAGAAAGUGACCUCGCUGACAAAAAGAAAUCCGGGGAAUUUAUAUUUUAACCUGGAAAAUACACAACUUGAAGGAGAUGAUGAAAAAGCUUUUAGAUAUACAAAGCGCAACGGACAUCACAGCAUGGCCGCAGCUGCCUCGUCCGUGAGUCUUGGGAUAACUGAGCCAACAGAGGCUUCGCAAGACAUUACAAAUUACUGGAUGGAAUAUUGUGCAGCCAAUGAAAAUGCGAGGUCCCUUUGUUCGGGUGAUGUAACCAGCAGCAGUUUAUCAAAAAACUUAAGUGUUCGAAAAGCAGUCCCGCAAUCAUCUUCCCCACAAUCCAAUUUUGUUUACAAACCAUUCGAUUAUACUCUUCAUGGCUUAACGGAUUUCGAAUCCACUAUGUCUUCUGCGCGAAUGUCCAGUUCACAAUCAUCAGAAUUAUUUAGGAAAGAAAAUUAUAGAUUCGAAAAUAGUGCUACAGGCCUAGACGACGAUUCCAAUGACAUAUUAUCCUCCACAAUGAAAGACCCCCAGGAUAUUCUAUCAUUUUUCUCAGAUGAGUGCGAAAUUGACAAUCUGGAUAGCCUAAAAAAAAAUAAGAAUCCCCAAAACAGACCUGCGAAAUUUACUAUAACUGCUUAUAAGGACAUUGGUAAAGAUAAUUUGUCGGACUUUGAGGUGACCAACUUAAUAGACGGAAGUCAUAAAAAUAUAUAUAUUGGUGCAACACAAUACAAAUUGAAAGCGCAGCAAAACCAAGUUCAACCUGUGGACAAGGGCUUUUGUGUAAAAGUAUCCAAGGAGGGGAGCGAUCAACAGCAAAAAAACAAUAUAUUGGAACCUGGUGAAUUAUCCGAAGAUGACACCUCCGAAUCGCAGAAGGUUCGGUGUGAUUACAAGACAUCAGAUAUGGAAGAUGGUGAAGUGUCCUGCGAAGAUUUUGAUGCCCCUCCUAAUUUGAUUAAAAAAAAGUCACUUUGCCAGUUUGAUAAUACUUCUUUUGAAAAGAAAAAUGUAUCGGUGGAUAAGAAACAUGAUCCGGUGGAAUCUGUUGAUUUGGAAGAUGGCGAACUUUUCGGUGAAGAUAAUGAGGUCUCAAGUAAUACUAUUAAAAAAGAGGAUAACAGAAUGCCCAUUUGUCGCUAUCACAUACGUAACUGCUGCAUUUGGGGCCAGAAUUGUCGGUUUCGCCAUCCAAAUUUGAACAGGCUGGGCAAAUAUGUCAUGUUUGAAAAAAAAUGUCUGCCAGUGCCUACAGUGACUUUUCCGCCAGUGUGGUCAACAUGCGUCUUACCAGCUAAGGAUACCUACCCAAUGGAAGUGAUCGAGAAAAUGUCGAGAAUGCCUAAAAGCCUAGAAAUAUCGUUCGGCAUGAACAACAUGGACAACGAUCCCUACUACACACAGAAUGAGCCGGAGGUGAACAAGCGUGCUCCACUUCUUCCAACGCCGACCAUCAGUGAACUAUUAGCAGAGCAGAAACAAUAUCACAACUCAUUGGCAGGGAAUCGGCCUGUUCGCACCUCUAGAUAUUCUCGGAAUUUGCGAUCUACUCAGGCAAAUGGAACGUCCUUCUUGACGUGCUUAGAGAAACGAGAUCGUUCUCCAAGACUGCCGAGGUACUCUGCCAGAAAAAAUCAACAGCCUCAAAUUUCAUUAGGCAAUAUACGAAGACCUUCUGGAAUAAUUGUACGGCCCAAACCAAAACGACAACGACUUAGCGACAGCACUUUCAGUUCUACCGACUCGUCUGAGUCUUCUAGCUAUGAAUCCACCACAGAAAGCACCGAUGAUAUUUCAUCUUUCUCCGAAUCUGAUGGACGGGGUCAAAAAAAUAGCUCAUCUUUAUUGGGAAUAUUGAUAAAAAACAUGAAACGAAACGAAGAAAAGUUCUCAUCUGAUGCAGAUGCAAGAUUUACCACAAAACGACCAAACUAUUCAAAAUUUAGGAAUCAAAAACAAACUCUUUCAAAGCUGUCGACGAAAACUCCAGUAAGAAAUCCUCCAAAUGUGUUACCCAAUGCACCGAAGAAACCUCACAGCGUCUUGGAGAGUUCUAACAGUAUCAAAAAGAAGCAGGAUCGCCAGAAAUAUUUACUAAUGCAACUGUUGCGCGUAGAGCAGCAAAUAGAGAAAAAGAAGAAGCAUCGAAUGAAAGCAUUCAAAGAGUAAUCUUUUAAAUUUCGAAUCGUUAUUUAAAUUGUCUAAUAAAACCAAAUUAUCAUUUAAAAUGUU